GGGUGUUCCAGGGUGUUGCAGGGUGCGUAGAUGUGGUAGGGGUGUGGUAGGGUGUGGUAGGAUGGAGGUGUGGCAGGGUGGUCGCGUAGUGAGGGCAGAAAGGCAAGGAAAUUCCAGAGGUUUGUGAGGAGUCAUCGAGUGUGGGUUUGUUGAUAGGCGACGCGCGGCACGGCGAGAGACAGGCGACGCGCAGCACGGCGAGACACACACACACACACAGACACCCAGGGGCACGCCGGCGCCAUGGAGCAGCGGAUGGACUUGGAGCGCCCUGUGGAGGACCCUGUGGAGGCCUCCGGUGGCGAUCCCAUGGAAUUUGAAUAUGACAAGAACACCCGAAGGUCCUCGCUUGGUGGGGACUCGGUGUUGGAUCAGGACUUCAGCGAUGAGGUGGAGGUGGACGGGGUGGCCUCACUCACGCCCCUGGAGAGCGUGCUGGGCCUUCAGUACGGCGAUGACAUCUUCGCUAACAGGAGAGCGGCGGAGGCUCAUUACCACGUCGACAACUGCAUGGCGAAUCAGCCCCAGGUGACCCAACACAUGCGGUGCACGCUGAUUCAUUGGCUCGUGAAGGUAAACCAGCAGCUGCAUUUCGGCUCAGAGACGCUGUUCCUGGCUGUGAGUCUCUGUGAUCGCUUCCUGGCCACGACCUCCCUGGCACAAGACUGUCUGCAGCUCCUGGGCCUCUGCUCCCUCCUGGUGGCUGCGAAGAUGGAGGAGAGUGUGCUGCCGAGGGUGAGUGAGCUAGCCAGCAUCUGCGUGACUAAUUACAAACACCACCACUUCACCAGGAUGGAGGUGCUGCUGCUGUCCAAACUAGAGUUCGCCCUCUACUGCCCCACCAGCUGGUACUUCCUCAACCACCUGGCACUGAAAGCGACACAGCAGGGGGCGAUGGACAGACGUGUGCUGGGAGUCGCGCGCUACGUGGCAGAGACGUGUCUGGGCAGCUACGCGGUGACCCAACACAAGGCCAGCGUGCAAGCGGCGGCGGCCCUCACCUCUGCCCUCACCCUGCUGCCCUGCCCCGACCUCUCCGCCACCCUGCACGCUCUGCUGACUGACCUAUACACACCUGACGAGAGAAAGGACAUUCGCUUCUGCUCCUACCUCAUGACACAGUACAUGAGGCCCUUCCUGGAGUCUUUAGGCCUUGACAACGCCCACGAACACCCGCCUGACCCACCCAGCGACCCCUCCCACGCCUCCAGGAGCCCCACGCCCGCAGGAGCACCACAGGACUUAAGGGCGUGCGGCGGUGGUGGCGGUGGUGAUGGUGGUGGUGGUGUAAUGUAAGGUUUAAUCUUGUUUGGUUUGGCUUGUUUUGGUGACCCACACACGUGACAGGUGCUGGUUGUAUCUGACGGUGGUGUGGCUGAGGAGGAGGAGGAGGAGGAGGAGGAGGAGGAGGAGGAGGAGGAGGAGGAGGAGGAGGUGGUGGUUAAGACAAGACGAAAGGAUAGAGGUAGGGAAGGAUAAGAGGAGAAAGAGGAGGAGGCAAUAUAGUGAUAAUGAUAAAGAACAUAGGAAACAAGAAGAAAAGAAUAGAAAGAGGAGGAGGAGGAGAAGGAAAAUGUAUAGAUUAACACAACAAAGAGGAGGAGAAGUAGGCAGGAGCAGUAAGAGGAAGAGGAAGAAGAAGAGGAGGAGGAUAUGGCAAAUAGGAAAGGUUAAGGGAGGCUGGGGGAAGAUUACUUGUACCUGUCUAAUCUCUAUUAUCUCUGUUUCUAAUCUCUGUCUCUCAAAUAUUUACAGUCUCGUGUCUCUCAAAAGUCUGAAAUCUCAAUUCUCUCUCUCGUCUGUCAAAUGGCCUUCAAAUCUCUCUUUAAUAUCUUUCAAUUUCUCUCUCUCUCUCUCUCUCUCUCUCUCUCUCUCUCUCUCUCUCUCUCUCUCUCUCUCUCUCUCUCUCUCUCUCUCUCUCUCUCAGGAUUGCGUGAAGGAAUGUAGGUUUAAGAUUUAGAGAUGAAAACGAAAUAAAAAAAAUAAAUAAAUAAUAAAAAAAUAAAAAGCCUAAAAAAAUAUAUAUAAAGUAAAUAAGUAUAUAGAUAAAUAAUUAAGAGUAGGUUGUUAAAUUAGUUUUUUUCAUGGAUGUAUGUAUUUGUAAAGGAGUAUUCAGUGUUAUAUUAGUGAAGAAUUGAGGAGCUAGUGUGGAAAUUAUUGAAAAAGAGUGUUCAUUGUUGUUAAUGGCGAAGAAUAGAGAAGCUAGGGUGAAAAUUAAUGAUCUAUAUCUGUUAAAUGUUUGCGUGUUUAAUUUUAAAACAAUGGAGUAUCGUCUGCAUAACCCGUAUUUAUUGCAUCAGGAAACCGCUAUCUAUCAGAGGAAUAUAGUAUUUAUUAAAGAACUGAAGAGAGAGAUUAGUAAAAUAAUAUUAAAAAAAGUGAUAAAUCUGUCAUUCUUUAGAUUGUUUUAAGAUUGAAUGCUCAGGAAUAUUGUAGCACGUCUAUUUAUUGUAACGAGAAACCCUUGUCUGUCUCAGGAAUUACUAUCUAUUGAAGCAUUGGAGAGAAAAAAAAAUAUUAAAAAAGAAAUGUUUAAUCUAUAUAGCCUAUCAGUAUUUACGUUUGAAGAGAAAUUAUUAAAAAGAAAUUUGUAAUCUAUUAUAGCCCAUCAGUAUUUACGUUUGAAGAGAAAUUAGCCCAUCAGUAUUUGUGUUUUGAAGAGAAAUUAUUAAAAAGAAAUGUGUUAUCUAUCAUAGCCUAUCAGUAUUUACGUUUGAAGAGAAAUUAUUAAAAGAAAUGUGUUAUCUAUCAUAGCCUAUCAGUAUUUCCGUGUGCAUUUCAGGAGUGAAUACACAGGAAUGUUGUAUUAUGUAUUAAUUAACUGCAUUAACAAACCCUUUAUUGAAGAAUUAGUAGUUGUUUUAUAGAUAAACUGUUUGGAGAGAGAAGCUAAUUAAUAUGUAAUCGUUAUCAUUACUAGCAUACUUGGUUUAUCAAUCGAGUCAGAGCUGAGAUAAGAAAACUGUAACUGUCUGAAGAGCUAAUGUGUGUUGUAUAGAUAAACUGUUUUAAGAGAGAAGCAAGUAUGAUUCUGGUCUUCAUCAAUACAACUUGUUACCAAUUGUGUCAGGGCAGAGAUACGAGUAAGCUUAUUAUGUCAUUAUUAUUUUUGCAUGUACGAUAAUUAUGCUGUGUGCACGAUAUUAUUUUGUAUAUAGUCUUCUGUAUAUACGAUAGCGUUUUGUACGUACGAUAAUUUUGUGAUUUUGUAUGAUACUGAUGAAAGCGUAUAGUUAAAUCAUCCUCCUCUCUCUCUCUCUCUCUCUCUCUCUCUCUCUCUCUCUCUCUCUCUCUCUCUCUCUCUCCUCCGCAGCCAAGCCAGUGACGUUUUUAGGAGAUAAUAAACAAAAUGAACCGACCAUGUGACUAGUGUGGCUGGCCGCUUGUAUAUAUAUGUAUAUGUGUGUGUGUGUGUGUUGCCAGAUAAGGCUUGACUUGUAAGGAUGUGCUGUAGUGCGCGUCAGAGGGAGAAUAUAAUGAUGAUGUGUGUGUUGGAUUUCGUGGUACAGAUAGAUGGUUGGUGGGAAGUUGAAUUGAGGCGUGUGUGUGUGUGUGUGUGUGUAUUUUGGGUUUAGAUUGUGAAAUGUUGUUGUUGUUGUUGUUGUUGAUUUUCUUUCUCAUCUUUUAUCUCUUUUCCUCUUUCUUGUUUUUUUUUCUGGUAAAUUAAAACUCUCUCUCUCUCUCUCUCUCUCUCUCUCUCUCUCUCUCUCUCUCUCUCUCUCUCUCUCUCUCUCUCUCUCUCUCUCUCUCUCUCUCUCUCUCUGUUCAAUUCGGUACGUAGAUUAUGAAAAAGGUUAUUGUUAUUCUUGAUUGGACUUUAAUAUAUUAGAAACGAAAAGAUAAUUAAAGAUAUUGAAAUGUUUAAUAAGAUAGGCAAUGCUGUCUGCCUUCCUCUCUUAUCUUUAUUGAAAUAUCGAUCAAUUAUUAUUUAGAUUAUGAAAUAGACCGUUGGUAUUAUUGAUUGAACUGUAAUAUAUAAAAAAAAAUAAUAAUAAUUAAAAAAUGUUGAAGUGUUUAUUAUUGUUAUAAUAUUCUCUUACUUUCUCCAUCUUAAUUCACUAUUGCCAAAUUCUUAUGUAGAUUAUGAAAAGUUAUUGCUGUUCGCUAUUCACCUGUAAUAUAUCAUGAAAUAAAAUGCAAAUAUAUAUAUAUAA